CAAACUUACUUAGAGCCAGCUCUUCAUAUCGUGUGGUCUAAAGCUACUGAUGUUGUAGACGUUUCUUUUGUGCUGUCACAAAAUAAAUAUUGUCAGAAACGUAAUACGACAUUUCUUUAACAAACGUCUUAUUUGCGUGCGCGAGACAGAGACAAGCGUUUGUUCCUGGGUGGAUUCAGCACUAGAGCACUAAUUUGCAUGACACAAGAAAACUGCUAAAAAUAUAAACCACUUUGUUUUGUAAUGCAAGUUUGUGCAUUAGUGCCUGGAUCCACCCCUGGUCUGUCCUCUUUUUCCCGCUGAUGUUUUGAGUAUUUUUGUUGCCUAUUUUUCCUGUUGACAGUCACGUGGUGAGUCAAUGGUUGAGCAUACAUUUGUCAAGUCAUCCAGACCUUUUUAGGACAUGCAUUUUACCAAACCCUGGGUUUUAUGUAGUUUUAGCGAGACAACAAAUAAUGUCAAUAUCUCCACUUCCUUGAUUUCCGGCUCUGGGGCGGUUCUUCUGAGUAAAGGAAAACUGCUUCGCUGGGCAUUUGAAAGGUACGUUUCGAGUAGGCCAAAACACGGUUAACUUCUUGUUGAGUCAGUAGCUUGGAUUUAUAACCACGUCGUUUUCGUAGGAGUGAAAACAAAAGGAAGUCCUAAAGUUGAAAAAAGUCUGAAAGUUUAAAAAUGAAGUCCAUCCUAUUAUUCAUUGCUUUGGUUGCUUUCAUUCCGACUUUAAUGGCGAAGUCUGAUGACUCGAUGAACGGGAUGAAACACAACAACUUUCACAACAACUUUAAGUUAUUUCUUAGAGCAUUAACACCGUGUCCCCGUAUCACCUUUCCCUGUUCUCGUAUCCCAGACGUCUGCAAAAAUAUGCGAAACGCCAUUUCCAAGGGAAAACCUACAACGUUAAACCGCAUCACAGAUCCGAAGAAAAUAGCACAGAACAGAAGAAGAUCCGGUUGUCCAAAAUUGCCAAAAGUAUCGGGAAAAAAUUGUGACGAAUAUCCGUUUGCAUCGAGCAGGCAAGGUGGAGCGGGUGCUGUGAUCAUGAAUGUUCCUAAAAGAGAAAACAGCAUUCAGGGUGGAUUACUGAGAGGUUUUUAUGUGAAGCAGAAGAUCGGGAAUGGUGACUGUUACAAAGUUGCACUAGGUCCAUAAAUGACGGCUGAUUUUGUCGUCAAUUCUUUGCACUGAUGUUUCUCAAAAUAACUAAUAAUUAUACAUGUAAUUCUUGCCACAA